CUAGUCGCGCCUCAGUUCAAAUCUAUUUCUAUUCCUUUGCUAUAUUUACGCGUGUGUUAAAUUAAAUUAAAUUAUUAAUUAUAUACUUAAAUAAUUAUAAGAAAUGAAUAAUUCUAAUAUUUUAUACUUAAUGGUUGCAAUUGCAUCUUUGGUGCUAGUCGGUUUAGGCACACAUGCCCAGACCCAAGAGGAAAAUGUAGUCGACGAUGUAUGUCUAGCAUGCAUUUGUGAUGCUAGUAGCGGUUGCAAUGUCACGAAAAUUUGUAAUGGUGAUGUGUGUGGAUUAUUUCGUAUAACAUGGUUUUACUGGGCCGAUAGUGGCAAAUUGACAGUGGGUGAAGAUACUGAAGAUUCACCAAUGGCUUUUCAAAAUUGUGCAAACGAUCCAUUUUGUGCAGCUGAAACAGUCCAAAAUUACAUGGCAAAAUUCAGGCAGGACUGCAAUCAAGAUGGCAAAAUUGAUUGCUUAGAUUAUGCUGCUAUUCACAGAUUGGGUGGUUAUGGUUGUCCAGGGCAAAUUUUCGGACCUUAUGCAGCAACAUUGAAUCAAUGUUUGAAUUCAUAUUCAUAUGAUCUUGUAAACUCAGGGGAAAUUGUCCCUCCGACAAUGCAAAAUAAUGAGCCAACUCCCGAUUCAACAGCUCCCCAACAAGCACCUCAAUCCACUGAAGCUGAACAAGUUCCAGUCGGCUCAGUUUCUACUGAAAAUACUAACAUCGAACCAGCGAUGGUGGCAAUCGGUAAUGUGAGUGUUGAAGCUGAAGAUAUCUCUGACAACUCAAACCCCUUGUCAAGGGACGUUUCAGGGGAAUUACCACCGUUAACACUUUUGGAGCAUUUACGUCCAACAAUGAAUACUACAACUGAUCAGGUGACGGCAACGAUCAGUAAUGGAGGUGCUACUGUUGAAGACUUCCCCGAAGUCAGAAAUAACACGUCGUUAGAAGUUACAACGGAGUUACCACCGUUAACACUUUUGGAGUUAUUACGUCCAAAAAUGAAUACAACAACCGUUUCUUCAAUUCAAAGUGAUAUUGAUAUGAUUCUCGGUGAUAGAACAGACUUUCGUUCAGAAAAUAUGCCUGAUAUUGUGAGUCCGUCAAUCUCUCCUAACUAUGAUAGCGUUGUGAGCUUUGAGGAUGAAAAAAUGGCUCCAACUACAAGUACAACUGAAGCCACAAAUGCAAUUGAAAGUACACAAUCAACAAGGCGAAUAAUAACAACCAAUCAAGAUCGUAUAUUCAAUAUUAUCGAGAGAAUUGAAAAAUCCAAAAACGACCACACAGACAGAGAUUUAAAAUUUAAAGAUAGAUUUCUUGAAGCAUUUUUGAACAAAAAUCGUAUUGAAGAAGAAAGAAAUAAUAUUUUGAAAGAAAUUGCUAAGAAUAAUCAACAGAAUGUUCAAACUGAUGGCCAACAAUUGGAAAGGCGCAGAAUAGAAAGCAGUCAAGAGAAUUUCUUAAGCAAAUUAGAACGAAUGGAAAAAUCCGAAAAUGAACAUAAAGAGCAACAGCUGAGAUUUCAAGAGAGAUUUCUUGAAGCAUUUUUAAGAAAAAAUCGUAUUGAAGAGGAGAGAAAUAAGGUUUUGAGAGAAGUUGCUAAAAAUAAUAAACCAUCAGGCGAUAUUGCACCAAAUUAUUUUUUGUUAUAAAAUUUUAAAAAAGGUUAUUAUAAAAUUAAAUUAUUUAGGUAAUAAUACAAAAAUUAGUGUUGAUUUAAAAAAUUAAAAACUAGU